AUGGAGGACGCAAGUCAACUGCCAAACACACAAAAUGACAAAACAGAGGAGGAAACUACUCGUCCUCAAUACACAAUGUCGGGUAUAUUGCACUUUAUACAACAUGAGUGGACAAAAAACGAAUUAGAUCGGACACGAUGGGAAGCGGAACGAGCGGAAAUGCAGGCUCGAAUCGCAUUCCUUCAAGGCGAGCGGAAAGGUCAAGAAAAUCUGAAGCAAGAUCUCGUUCGUCGUAUCAAAAUGCUCGAAUUCUGUCUGAAACAAGAACGAGCCAAAAAUUAUCGACUAACCCAUAAUGGUGAAGAACCACCGUCGCUGGAAGAGUCGCCGAAUGAAAAUUCUGCUCCUAAUGAUAACACUCAUUUAUCAGCGGACCUUGAUGCCUACAUUAACGAUGCAGGAGAAGCUGGUGGCAGUUUCCGGCAGGGGCGACUACUUUUGAAACGAUAUCUCGAGGAAAUUGGGUACAGCGAGCACAUUAUGGACGUCCGUUCUUUCCGAGUCAAGAAUCUUCUCGGCUUAUUACCCCAGACUGAUCUUCCAUCUAGUGAGCGUUUAAACGGAAGAAAAGAGAAAAGUGACAGUGAUUCUGACGACGGUCAUGACGACGCAGCACUUGACGCAGAUGCCUCAAAGGCGUUCGAGGAAUUCGACUUUUUGAACAGUGUGGAAGCGAAAGAAAAAGGAAAUGAUGGUGAUGACUGGGCGGGAAAAGGAGCGUCUUUCGAAAAACUGAUAAAACAAUACAAAGAGGACCCAAAAGUGAAACGGCGCUCGCGGACGUCUACUGAAGAAUCUGAUGAAAAAUUGAACAGUGAUGUUCACAAGAAUCUAGAAACUGAUGUACCGCCAGGAAUUCGUUCGGCGAUUGAAGCGUCCGCAAAAGAAGAUUUACCUGUCAGAAGGCAGGGAAGACGCAGUGCAAACUACGCUUAUGGAAAUGGAAAUGAGUUGGAUCUUGCACUCGGAAUGCAGGAAAAUGAGAAUAUGGAUAUCAAGGAUGAGUUUAAGGACGAUGAUGAUGAUCCAAAUGUACAACCCGUGAAAUGGAACAUCAAAGUAACUCUCCGGUCACACCUCGACUCCAUUCACGCAAUGCAAUUCCAUCCAGUUGAACCUGUACUUUUCACCGCAUCAGAAGACGGUUUGAUCAAAUUGUGGAAUCUGGAUCAGAAGAAAGAGGAUAAGCAUAACAGUGGCGGUGGAACAGAACUCGAGCCAGUUUACACAUUCCGUGGUCAUAAAGGACCAGUGCUAUGCUUGGUUUUGUCUCCGACCGGAGAUCACCUCUAUACCGGUGGACAAGACGGAAACAUCUGUUGUUUCAAUGUUCCUUCAUCGAAUGGAGAUCCAUUUGAUUCUUAUGAUCCUCGAGUACUUAGUGAAACUCUUUCCGGUCAUACCGAUGCAAUCUGGUCAGUCGCUUAUCACUCAUCAAACAGUCGGCUUGUCUCUGCCAGUUCUGAUUCGACUAUCCGUCUGUGGGAACCAGGAAAUGGAGAGCCACUCAUCAGAACCAUCGGAGCCCCACGUACCGGAGUCAUUCCAACAUCUGUCGACUUUGUCUCUACUGAAACAUCACAUUUACUUGCUGCCUACACGCAUUGCUAUGCCCAAAUCAUCGAUAUCGACACUGGAAGUACGGUAAUGGUGUUCGAUUUCGGAGAGGUCGCUGGCUCACCGACAAUGAAUAAGAUUGUGAGUCAUCCGACGAUGCCGCAUACAAUUAUUGGAGGAGAAGAUCGGACGAUUCGAUACUUUGACAAUACGACUGGAAAGAUAACGCAUGAGUCGGUGGCGCAUGUUGAAGGAGUUUCCUCAUUGGCAAUCGAUCCAAACGGUCUUUAUCUUCUUUCCGGAAGUCACGAUGGAAGUAUAAGAAUGUGGAAUAUAGAGAAGAAGACUUGUCUUCAGGAAAUAUCUGCUCAUCGGAAAAAGAACGACGCAGCAGUGACAUCAGUAGCUUUCCAUCCAUCCAGAUCUCUCAUCGGAUCUGCUGGAGCCGAUUCUCUCGCCAAGGUCUACGUGUCCGGAAACAAUUAG